AUGGGAGGCUUCGGACACGAAGGUAAAGAGGCCUUCGGAGGGUUAUUACCCCGAACUAGAAUCGCUGACAAGGGUUUCUCCACACUUCUGAACGAUGAUACCAACUUCGCCAGAAACAUCCAAAUUUUAAAGUACAACAAGAUGAGCGACACGGCAGAAACAGCCUUCGAGACAGAGCCCCGGGAGCCAUAUCGGUAUGAACCAUUACCAACGCUCUCGUCUAUUCGGCUCCUGAGCGUGGUAGGGAAGGGGCAAGAUGGGUCGGUGCAUGUAUCCCUGAAGACGGUCGAUUUGGAAGAUGAUCCCUUCUUCUAUGCGCUAUCCUACACCUGGGGCAACCCUCAUGCGAAUGGUGUUGACUUCACUGCACAUUUCAAUGCUGUAGACAACGAAUACAGCCCUCUUGAGAGAAGCCCAAUCUUAUGUGAUGGGAAGAGACUCAAAAUCCAGAGAAACCUACUCGACGUCCUCCAUGAGUUUCUUGACGCUUUGGGAGGACAUCAAGAAUAUGAGCAGAGCCCUGAGUCAUUCUCUUUGAUGAAGCGCGAGAGUGACAUUUGGAUUGACGCCGUUUGCAUCAACCAGGGGGAUAUGGAUGAGCGGGGAGAGCAGGUUAGGAUCAUGGACAAGAUCUACACAAAAGCCGCCCACACAAUCAUUUGGCUGGGUCGUGCCGACGAGUAUACCCCCGCCGCGGCAAAAACGAUCGAAAAAGUCGCCGCCUAUCCCAGAGAGGCGUUUGUUCAAAGUGGAGCGACGCCUUUCCGGCGGCAAGACCCCGAGGUAUACGCCAAGAGCAACCUGGCCUACACCGACUGGAUGGACUGGUGCAGUUUGGCUGCCCUUCUUAAACGGCAGUGGUUCACGCGUUUGUGGAUUAUCCAGGAAGCUAUCCUUUCUAGGGAUCUCGUCAUUCUCUGCGGAAAACACAAGAUAUCCUGGACAGACCUUGUCACGGCAGCACGCAACAUCGAAGCACGUUGUCAGAUAUUGGGCUGGAACCCGAGUACCAUGUUUAUUCAGGCUCACGAGAUUGCGGUGCCUCUUGAACACAACGUCUUGCAGCUUGCGGACUGGCGAGACCGCUUUCACAGUAGCACGAGCACCGCUCCUGGACGCUUUACACUCGAGAAACUCAUCUACGACACCUGGGUUUUCCACUCGGGUGACCCCCGCGACAAAGUCUACGGUAUCCUGGGCCUAGCGGAUCCCGAAGUGCGCGCCGGUUGGGUUAUCGACUACUCCAGAUCGCCCGAAAAGGUCUUCGCCAUCACCACAAAAACCAUCAUCGAGCAGUCCCAAUCCUUCAAGAUCCUCUCAUGUGUGCAGGAUGCUUCCAAACGCAAGAUCGCCAUGUACCCCUCCUGGGUUCCUGACUACAGCCUUCCCUACUUCAACAUGAUGUGCAACUACGGCUCGUUCGCCGUGGCGGGGCCCCAAUACCCAACGCCGCAGCUGGUACCAUCCCCAUCACUAGGGCCAGACUCAUGGUCCCGCCUGCGCCUGCGGGCCCACAUCUUCGACACCAUCGUCGAAACGGCCAACGAGCGGACAGACUACGUCAACAGCGCCAUGCUGCUUGAGCCGUCUUGGUUCGAGCUCGCCUUGCUCCUCAAGGCCCCGUACCCGGCCACGGGCCAGAAGCGGACUGAGGUCCUCUGGCGCACCCUCUGCGCGGACCAGGACGCCGGCACCGCCAGCCCGGCUCCGGCACGGUUUGGGAUGCUGUUCAAGGAGUUAGUGAGCGCCAUGGUAGUGGUGCGCGCCGAGCUGGAGGAGGAGGUGUCGCAGGAACCGGAUCCACCGAGGGAUUGUGCCCUGUCCUUUGCCCAGGCGCUGCAGAGAGCGAAGGAGGUUUGGGCAGAUGUCGGCUGGGCUGGACUAAGUGCCGAACAGAUACGGGAGAAGACGAAUUCGCGGCCGAGAUUUCUGGGCAGACCGCAAUUUGGCUGGCUCGUGCAUACGCUGAUCAAGCUGCAAGCCUUGUUUGUGACUGAAGAGGGUGGGCAUGCGGACACGCCAAGCUGGGGGGAGCUGGAGAGCUUUCAGGAGAAUCCGAGUUACGUGAUGAGAGUGAAGAAUGGAGCCGAGAGGUCGCUUGUUCAGCCCAAGGACCCCGCGUUUAAGAACUCGUUUCAGCGGAGGUACGGGAAGAGGAAACUGUUUUACACCGAAAAGGGGUACCUUGGCCUUGGCCCGGCGUCGGCUGCCGUGGGGGAUGUGGUUUGUAUCAUGCCUGGGGCUGCGGGCCCAUUUGUAUUUCGACCUGACCAGGAGGGGGGUAUCAAGUUGGAGAACCAACCGGACUGCGGUGAAAAGAGGGAUCACACAAAAAGGUUUCGUCUCAUAGGGGAGAGCUAUGUUCACGGUAUCAUGCAUGGCGAGGCGCUUGCAACAGAGGGCUUUGGUUUGGAAGAGGUCGAGCUCAUCUAA